AUGCCACGUCCACCGACAAAGGAGUCCAUGUAUCUAGCGUAUACAAUACAUGCCGCUCUAUGUGCUGACUACAGUGUUCCUGUGGACUGCGUAUCCGCUGGGCCUGCACCGCGCCCGAGCUCUUUCCACGAAAUAUCCGCGCCUAAAGUCGAAUUCAUAGAGGCGUACUGCACACCGCGCGACACAGCACGCCGCUCGCCGCAGCGCGGACGCCGUUCGCGGGAGCCGCGUAGAUCGCCUGACGCUCAAUGGCGUUGCGAGUCGCGUCGGCCCCACGACUUUGAGUCGGCCCGCCGUCCGUACGACUACGGUUCGGGGCGACGCUACCGCGGCUACGACGACGACUCUACACGCCGGCCUUCGUACGACGACGACUCUACGCGGCGGCCCGCCUACGACGCGGAGUCGGCACGGCGGCGCGCUGACUACGAGUCGGCGAGGCGCACCGACUUCCACUUGUCGACGCCCGGUGCGUCGCGUCGCAGCCCCGAGAGCGCCCCAGAGGGAUCCGCGGACUCGCCCCCCGAGCCGGCCCCGUCAGCGCCGCUACGCCAAGAGAGGCAGCUGAGGCAUCGCUCACAACCAUACUACGAAUCCGAAUCGUCUUCAGGCGACCAGUCUACGUCGACGGACGACGACGAGGAGGAGUUUGGGGAGUUCGAUCCGUUCGCGACCGCCCCCUCCCUGCAUUCCCCGGACAGUGGCCGAUCGGACCCGCGAUACGCGAACGCGCCGCGCCGCAACCCCAGCCCGUACUACUACGGCGACCUGUUCAAGACAGCGCCACCGGCAGCCCCGCCCGCGCCCGCGACCACCUCCUCCAGGGGCUCCCGCUACAGAAAGUCGGCAAGCCUCGACGCACCCCACGUCGCGCCGCGCCCCAACCUGCCGAAGCGGUUCUCGGUCGCCGAGGAUGGCUUCCGUGAGCUAGAGCGCUCGUCGUCUUCGUCGGGCGAGGGCGCGUGGAUGCCGCCGCGGCGGCGCGGUCGUGACGCGGCCGGCUGCGCGUGCGCCGCGUCCGAACAUGUAGAGGAGGCGCGGGCAUCGCGCAGCGUGUUCUACGUGCCGGCGCCCCUCCCGCGCUGGCCCCGAGAGAUGACUGCCCGACAGAUCUACGAGACCGCUUUCGACUGCAAGGUCGCGCGCUCCGACGACGAUCUCGACGACUUCGACCGCGUCAGCAACCACCCCGCUCUGCUGCAGGCCGAAGAGCGCAAUGUCGUCUCGUCCACUUCUUCCGCUUUCGAGGCGGUCGAGCGCGGGGAACCGGACUAUAAGGGCCGUCGCAAGGUGACCAUGAAAACGGACAGCGUCCGACGCUCGAAGAUACCCACGAUACGCCAGAAGAAGGAGAACGAAAACAAUGCGAGCGCUCUGUCGGAGGAGCUCGAGAAGGUGCACAUUGAAGAAGAGGGUCGGAUUGCGUCCACUUCUCAGCUGCCCCUAAGGGGAUACACCCCGUCGCCGCCGUCGACAGCACCUCUGCCAACAAAGUUUCAACAGAAAGACGGAUCUGCUAUGAACAGUAUAAAGAGCGCACCCAAUUUGCCUCAAUCACAACUAGCACACCCAAGACUCAAGGAUCUAAGAUUGCCUGUAAAGUCGUUGCGAGCCCGAGACACUCCUACCAGCAGUGAUGCCAGUAUGGCUGACGUUAAGGGGUCCGCUUCAACGGAGCUCGAUAUUGGACAGAGGUUGAGAGAUUCGAGUCGCGAAUCGCGCGAUGACGAGGACGAGAGGCAAUCAAAGGACGGUAUUUUUUUAGAGAUUAAGGGCCGACCCACUUCCGAUUCCGACAGACCAAAGCUGAAUCGGUACCCAGGGCCUAAGGGGGUCGGCCCUAUAAUAGAGUUCAAAGGAAGGCCUACUGUAGCCCGCCCGCGGAGGAAAUAUUCGAGUACGGAGAGCAUGGCUACCAGCAGCAGUGGAGGCAGUAUGGAAUCGCUGCGUAGUAGCAACAGCGAGGGUGACAGAAGCAGCAGCAGUUCGGAGAGCCGCCAUUCCUCUUCGCUCAGCUCGCACAGCUCGGACUCGGGUAACGUGCCAUUCGCAAAGUCCCUGCACCACAUGCAGCUGUCGGGGUUUGGGCAUCAUCCGAAUAAGCUGCACAUUCUGAGCCCGAUAUCGGACAAGUCGCAGGAGCCGGGCUCGGAGACGUCGGACAACAACAAGAACAACAACUCGCAGAAAGUGUCCCCCGAGGACUUGGAGACGGGCAACGCGGCGGUCACAACGGAGAUCGCUACUAAGACGAAGCGCCGCGCCUUGCAGAACAAGAACCUGCUGAACAUCUCUUUCCGGCACUCGGUGACCGGGGACACCGAGAUCCAGGGCUCUGACAGCGGCAUAUCGAUACACUCCAGGGAGGGUGUCGACUCGCGGAACGCGUUCAUCAACUUCAAGAACAGCAGUAGUGUGAAAGAGGAGAAAAAAGGAGACGACGUGGACUUGUCGGAUCUCCCAUUCGACAUGCCCAAACUGCGGCGUCGACGCGCCGAGGCCGAAGUCGACCUCCGGUCUCUGCCAUUCGACAUGCCCAAGUUGCGCCGGAAGCUGCGCGGCCAGUCCUUGCAGCUGAGCGGCGACUUCGGCGGCGCCAUGUCCAACGCCUCCUCCAGCCAGAGCGUGCAGGAUUUGAACCAAGGUAACAAGCAUAGGGCGAAGUUGACCCUAAACUUCGAGGGUGGCAGCGGCAGCUCGGGUAGCGGGAAGGGGUUGCAUCUGAACUUGGGACCCAUCGCCCCCCCGCGGGAUUUGGUUGACGCAUCGCUACCGCUCGACCGACAAGGGUGGUACCACGGCACGUUGUCCCGAGUGGAAGCGGAGGGAUUGCUCCGAGAGGCAGAUGAGGGUGCCUUCCUCGUCAGGAACAGCGAAUCGGCGAAACACGACUACUCGUUGAGUUUGAAGUCGACGCGCGGGUUCAUGCACAUGCGCAUCUGCCGCGGGGGGGAGGGGUACACCCUGGGGGGCGCGGCGACCGCUUUCCCGAGCGUGCCAGCUCUGAUGCGCCACUACGUGACGGCGCAGCGGCUGCCCGUGCGGGGCGCGGAGCACAUGGCCCUCUCCACGCCGCUGCCCGCCGUCCUGCUC